AGCUCGUUCGUCUACGACUCACCGAACACGGAGAUUCUGCGAUUGCGAAGCGAGAUUACGGAAUUUGAGGUCCAUUGUGAAUAUGAUGCAAACGUUAGUCAGGGCAGGAUUUGCAAUGCCCACAUUCCGACAGAACACUCAUUAGCGGUUCUAAAGGGCAGUUUGUGUUGUCUGUAUUAUCAUGUUCUCUGCUAAGUAAGUGCUUUAUCGUAAAAAUUAUGGAAAUCAAAUCCAAACAGCUCCAACUUUGGAAAAGUGUGUCGAUGCCGAUCAGUGUCUAGGGUUCAUCUGAACGUAGUGAAAUUCAGAAUUUGUUGCUAAAAAUAUUUCGCUGUUCUGUGCUGUGUGUGUGUGUGUGUUUUUGUAUGUGGAGAAACCAAUCAUAAUAAUGAAACGGGAUUUCACGUCCCUUACAGUAUGCGGUUACAUCCACAACAGUGCACGUGGUGAAGUUAAAAUUGUUCGCGAUUAAAAGCUAGUACAUAAUUUAUGCAAGCAUUAAGUGUCGUCGGUUCCGGAGACAUCCAAGAUUUCAGUGUUGCCUAUGAGCCUGUUCUAAUAUUUCACUGCAUCCUUUGCGCGCUUAUCUAAACGGUGCCGCGCUAUCGCCGGUGACAUCAAUGCGCGGAGCGCGCAGGAAAUACCCAGCAUCCGAAUAGCAGCGCUGUCAGCAACGCUACCCCGAAUAUUUUACAACGACUUGUGCUCGUAAUAGGAUCCUUGGUGCUGCCACGUGUGCCGGUCGUUGGGAGACUGUUGCAUUUACGGUCUUCUUUCUUCUAAAACGGCACUUAGUUCCCGCGGCGAGAGAAAUGAUAAGAAAGCCAGCACGUUUCCAAUCCAGUCUCCAUUCCCGUGUCGUUCAUCAAGUUUGCCGUGGUGUUGAGCUGUACAUUUGAUUGUGAAAUCGCUGUAAACAUUGUAGAUAUCGGUUACUAGCCGUCAAACGAGAGUGGUUUCGCUACAAAAGUGAUACUGGUGUACCGUAAUUGAUAGAAAUUGGGGCAAUUUGUACCCAUUGAUUUGUGCGUGGUGACAAUGGUGUGAUAAUAGAUUUAGAGUAGUUUAGCGGAGAAGAAUAGAGUAAUGAUCUGGAUAUUUCUGUUUUUGUUACCACGAGUACUCUACACAUCAGCUAGGUACAUUGUGAGCCGGUAAACGCUGUCACAUGUCACAUUACUUAACAAUCGUAGCUGAUGACUGCUCAACAGCUUGAUCGCAUUUCAUGAAUACCAUUCGGCAUGGUCGCUACAAGGUUGAUAGGAUUAUAAUUUCUUCAGUUCGAAAAAAAGACAACCGUAUCGUCGGCGACUGAACAAAACGCUCCAAACCGAACGUAGAAUCUGCAUUGCGCUUUCGCACCCCGCUACAACUUGACUCAGUUUCACUCCGAUCUGGCAAUGCAAGAAGUUUGCAGUUCCAUCGAACACAUGGGCGCACAAAUCAAAUCAGAAUCUCCGGCGAUCGGCUCGCUUCAGGCUGGUGCAGCGGUAGUAGUGGGGAGUGAAACCGACAUUAUCAAUCCGCAGCAAGUUUCCCUUACCGCUACCCAACAGCAACAAGCAAUCAUCGCUAGCGGAGGACCCCAGCUGGUCGGUCGAAAACAAGCGAUCUGUGAUAAACCACCGCGAGCUGCGGCUCAAUUGCCCGUUGCAGUGUCCGUUGAGGGUCUCGGUUCGCAACCUGCUACACAACAGCAGCAGCAACCUCAUCCAGAUACAUCUUACUGGAUGCAGAACGAAAGUGGCUUUAUCAACUCACAACCCUCAAUGGCUGAAUUUUUGACACAUAUCGACAGCGAGAGCCCGAAGCUCAUCGCGCAGGGUUACUCGAUGGGUCCCAGUGAUAGUAUGGAAUCCGUACCGGAAUAUCCCUGGAUGAAAGAGAAAAAAACGUCCCGGAAAGCUACAGCACAAGCCGAAUUUGUUGCCGAAAAUGGUUUACCACGACGGUUGCGUACGGCGUACACAAACACGCAGCUCUUGGAGCUCGAGAAGGAGUUUCACUUCAAUAAAUACCUUUGCCGGCCACGAAGAAUUGAAAUUGCUGCUAGUCUCGAUCUAACUGAAAGACAGGUAAAAGUAUGGUUUCAAAAUCGACGCAUGAAGCAUAAACGGCAAACACUCUCCAAAACUGAUGAUGAUGAAUCGGGAAAGGACGAUCUCAAGGAUUCCAAUUCCAAAAAAUCUUGCCAAGGAUGUGAACUGCCUUCGGAUGACAUACCGGACUCGACUUCCAGCUCUCGGGGGAUGAACAAUAGUACGCCCAACGCCGGUAAGUCGCCACUGCGCCAAGCGUACCACAAGUCAAUGAAGUUGAUGAGAAUCUUCCCUGAACAUUCGUCUGACACUCUGCCACUAGCCAUGACACCGAAUUCCACCGUGGAAAUAGGCACACCGACGGGCGGUGGCGGAGUCUCUGGUGGCGUAACCAACACGGUCAGCGCCGAUUCCAGUGUUGCCUCCACGGGAAGCCUCGACGAGGAGGAUGAAAUACAUGCCAAAGUGAAGAAGAAAUCCGACGGUCAGGCAAUCAAAAAGGAGUCGGUCAGCUCUACGAAAAUUAUUCACAGUAACUCAUUCAAAAGCUUCGACGCUUCUGGCUAUUCCAAGGAUAGUGGCCCGGUAUUGGGUCCCUCGUCCGUGCCGAUACCCGUCCCGCACAGCCCCGUCUCCACUUCGGCCAUCUCACCGAGCAGCAACAGUAAUAGCAACAAUAACAAUAACAAUAGUAACAACAACAAUCUGCAGCCGUACUACAAUCAUCCCAGUCCGUACGGCAUAGUGAAGAAUAAGCUACCACAUGGACCAAUUGUGAGCCACGAGAGUGAAGGAUCACCUACCAAUACCGGAUCAUCGGCGAGUGGCGGAAUGUACUUCAGCAGCAAACCGCAGGAAUACUUCGGUAAGACCGAUUCGGGCGUGCACUAUCAACCACCGUAUCAACACUACCAGAAAACGAUCGUACCGCCUGGGGCAGCAUACGGUGGCCCACAGCAUGCGCUAAAUGAAAGUUAUCCCAAUGCACAAAAACUAGAAUUCAAUCCUCCUUUGGGCCUGAAGAGUUUUGGCAAUAAGGCUUUGGUGCAAGAUCCUUCCGCAAAGCUGUCGCAUACACAGCAGCAACAGCAGCAGCAGCAACUAAACGAUACACCGUUCCACGCGCAGACCCAACCGUACUACAACAGUUGCGAUACAGGCCUUAACAACGUCGGACAGUACGGUCCGAGCGGACAGCAGUACUAUCCAAACGAUUACGAUCCUCAGCACGAGUUUGGCGCAGGCUCUGGCUACUACGAUUCAGCGAAGGCAGGUGCAGUAGGACAGGGCCACUACUACGAUGGAAUGGGCUCGUUUCAUCAUGGUACACUAGCUGCCAACAGCAACAUGGACUAUCAAGGCAAUGGCCCGUACACUGGCCUCGGUGCCGCAGUGCCAGGAGCCAUGGGAAAUGAAUCCUGCGAAACCUUUGCCUUCCAUCAAGCAUCUCCCGUAGCUAGCGCAUAUUACGAACAACAACAACAACAACAGCAUCAUCUUCAACAACAACAGCAUCAGCAUCAGCACCAUCCCCAGCAACACCAUCACCAGCAUCCUUUUCAGCAUCAGCAAAACAGUCAGCAACUGCAUCCGUUCCAUCAUCAACAGCAAACGCUUCCGACCCAUCCUGCCGGAGUCGGCAUAAACAGUGCUGCUGUAGUCAGGACAACAACCCAGAUUGCUAAUCACCACGAAAUUGCCGCCGGCGAACUCUGCGCGUUUAACGGUUGUCCGCCAGCUGGCAGCACCGGUGCGGCUGCACAAACGAAACCAGCCGCCAUGGUUAGUCUGGACAAUUCCAAUUCAUCCGACUUCAAUUUCCUUAGCAAUUUGGCUAAUGAUUUCGCCCCAGAAUAUUAUCAGCUUAGCUAAUUCUCAAUUCUGUUACUACUGUCGUCACGCCCUUGCUUGCGCUUAUUCUUGGUCUCACUGCUCGUGCAACGCAAGAAUGAAAACGCUUUAUACGAUUGUUCAUCGCAUUCCCUGUUCUUGGAGAAUGCUUUGCAAUACUGUGUAACAAUUACCCCGGGGAAAAUUGUAUCUGUUCAGAUAAGUAGCGCAUUUAUGUGUGUUCUUUUCCACCAUUCUUUUUUUUUUGCUACGCACUUUGUUUUACGAAAGCAAUCCUGUUGAUGUUAAAUUGUUACCUCUUGCCUUUCUGUACUAAACAGACGAUUUUGUUUUGUGUACAGUUUUUUUUUGUCUCUUUGCAUUUGUUUUAGUCUGGCAUUUUUAAGUAUUCAAAGAAAUGUAUAUACUAUGGGAACCAAGCGUCUGGGAACAUUCAACCCAGUUCAAACGGAUUUUAUAUCAUAAUAACAAUCGUAGAUUAUUCCUGCUACAGGACAAACGACAAACGGUGGUUUGCCCAACAAUGAGCUGUACAAUUAUGAUCGGUGUAUCAAUAAAACAAACGAGUUGGGCAAAUCGCACAAAACAUACUAAUCGUUAGAUUACAGAUGUUCACAAAUCGUCGUCGGUAUAUUAAUGAUACUUCUAUGUACAAAUUAUAACCAACCAGUUAUAGCGAAAAACUAAUGAUGAUCAUGCAUUUCAAGAUGUAAAAUAAAGGAUCAAAGAAAAUUCAACUCUAUCCUAA